GUUCCUCACAAAACCCAUUUGAUUCUCUUCAUUUAGUUCUUCAACAAAUUAUUUUCCAAGAAAAUAUCUCACGAACAACCAAAAACAAUCCAUGGCUUCUUCAACGAAACUGUCUUUUACCCUCUUCUUUGCAUUCUCCAUGUUCCUACAAGGCACACUAGGGGAGGUGAUCUGUGAAACUUUGCCUACAAAUCUCUGUUCCUUUGCAAUUGCAUCUUCUGGUAAAAGAUGUGUGUUGGAGAAUUACCGAAAUCAAGAAGGAAAGCUGGAAUAUACAUGCAAAACAUCAGAAGUGGUUGUUGAAAGAAUUGCCGGAUAUAUAGAGUCUGAUCAAUGUGUUAAUGCAUGCGGGGUUGAUCGGAGCUUCGUCGGAAUUUCGUCUGAUGCCUUCCUUGCCCCGCAGUUCACCGCCAGUCUUUGCUCGCCGGCUUGUUACCAGAACUGCCCUAACAUUGUUGACCUCUACUUCAACCUUGCCGCUGGCGAAGGAGUAUAUUUGCCGGCUGUUUGUGAGAAACAAAAGUCGAACCCCCGCCGUGCCAUGUUGGCUCUUUUGAGCAGCGGCGGUGGUGCCGCCCCUGGUCCGGUGGCCACCGACUCUGCUGAUUUUGUCGCUGAUGCCCCGGCUCCAUCAUUUUCCGAUUUCGUUGCUGAUGCUCCUGCUCCCGCUCCCGCAUUUUUCUGAUUAAUUUAGCCAAUUUAUAGAUGAACUAUACCAUUAUGUUGAUGAGAGAAGAGUGGUAAUCAAAUAUAUACAGUGUUUUGGAUUGGAAUUGAUGAGAUAUGAAUAUAUUUAUUAAAAUAUUUUUGUAUUAAUAAGUAAUAAAUUUAAUUUUUGAAAUUGAGUUGAACAUUAUUUUCGUAGUACUUGAGGUUUAGUCACCAAACCUUCUUUAAUAGCAAUUUUCACUGUUGUGGAAUUUAGUGCUCUA